AUCGGGUAGGUGGUGGGCGUAGAAGCUAGGGUCGAACUUGCAAACAAACACCACCCAUACGGCCAUACCCAAGGCCAGAGACCAGGCCUUGGCCAGUUGGCUUGGAUUUGGAGGCCACGCUACAAUCUACACAACACCACCGCUAUGAUUUUGAUUUUUCAGUAAUCAGUUCUGUGAUUAAAUUUCGGUCUUCUGCUCAGGACUCGAAGAACUUCCGCUCCGCAGAGUCCCAGACACAGACACCAUGCCUCAACCCUAAACCUCCCCAAACCCAAACCCAAACCCCAAGAUGUCCACCGCCACCACCACCUUCAUCUUCAUCUUCCUCCUAAUCAUCUUUCCAAUUGCAACUGCAUCCCUCCCUAUUUUAGGCCUCGAUUCAUUUCUCUCCCAGCAAUCACGUCUCGACCCACAAGCUUCCAACGACUCUUUCCUUUCUCUUUCCUCAUCCCUCAAAAAAUCGCUCUCCGUCCAAUCCUUCACCACCGUCUCCUCUCUUAUCUCCUCCCUCCUCUCCCUCAAAAUCUCUGUCCCCGUCACCGUUAAGCUAGUCGGUUCUUUCUCUGCCGAUUCUCAAUCUCUCCUCUCCUCCUUCGUCAACGCCGCUGUCUUCUCCGAUAAAUUCCAUGUCAUCGGCUCCAAUCCUCAUCACCUUGCUGUCGAGCACUCCCUCCACCUUGAUGUCUCUCAUUCUCCUAUCGCCACCCAAAUCUCAGAGGCAAUUCGCGCUGAGAUCUCUGGAUCUACCUCUAGCCUCCGGUCUUCUCUUCACUCCGUCCCAUACUCCGUCGUCGAUCGGAUCAUCAAACAAGAUUUCGAGAAGGAGAAGCCCGUCCAAGGGAUUUAUAUUUACCUGCUUAAUUUGAGCCCGCAAUCGAAGCCCUACGCAUAUAGCUAUGGGUCCGGAGAGGCGUCACCGGCUUUUACCAAGUGCUUGGGGACUAUCUGGACAGGAAGAGAUCGGUACUUGUGGAUUGAUUUGGCAGCGGGUCCAGUCAAUUAUGGCCCGGCGUUGUCUGGUGAGGGGGUUUUGCCGAGGGGAGAGUUUCACCCUUUGGCUGCAUUGCACGGUCGGCCCAAGUCCCAUAAAACUUUGCUCGCGGAUUUGGCUUCUCUAAUUUGGAGUGCGUAUCAGGUUCUUUUGGUUCCUUCUUUGAGAAUUCCUGUUCCGUUUGAGAGCUCGCUUAUAGUGCAGUUUAUUCAUGUUCAUAGCUCUCAAAGUAAGGAUUCAAUUGGGUUGGAUUGGAAAUCGAUUGAGAGGACAUUUAUGGAUGAGGUUAACGAUGCAGGAUUGCUGUUGGGAGAUCAGUCCUUGAGGUUUAAGACUUACGAUAUUAGUUUUUCAGAAUGUCCGAUUUGCUCAUUUGCAAUUUCACGCUCCACCAAUUCGUAUACCUCGAGAUUCUUGUUUGAGAACUAUACGUUGAUCGUUAGUGAGUACUUGGACUCGAAGCGUUUGCAUCAGAUACUAUCGGAUUCGGCUGAUGAAUUCAGAAGGUUGGCAGAGAUACCAGAGGAGGAUUUUGGUAUCAUUCUUCCCGUUUACGUGUUUGAUUUGGACUACAAUAGGCUUUUGUUGCUCGAUCGUUAUCACCAAUCUGUUGCUUUUAGAGACAUGGUUAUUGCAGUUAGAACGACAAGCACUCAGACCGUAAGUGAUUACAGCUGUAACGGCCGUCAUGUAAUUACACAGACACGGACUCUUGAGAGACCACUUGUUGGUUCGAUUCUGCAGAGUAUGUGGGGAGUUUCUCCAACCCAUUUACUGUGGAACCGCAGGGAUAACAGGACUCUUGUGGACUAUACCUGGAGCAUCGGCCAGACUCCAUUUGGGCCAUUUUCAGAGUUAUCAUCUUUGUCAUUCGUGCAGAAGGAUGCAGCUCGGAGAAAUAUUCUUUUGACAUCAUUGAAUUACACCAUUACAAGUGCCCUUGAUGUGCUUGACUCAAUAGCUUCUCAUGGGGGUGAGAGGAAUCUUCUUAAACAGAAUCGACAUGUGGAAUUCGUGCAGAGGUGGAAUUUGCUAAAAUACAAGCUGGACAAAGCUAUUUCAUCACUAUCUCAUUUGGAUUUUGACAUGGCUCUCUAUUUCUUGAGGUCAUCUGAACAUGAUUUAUAUGCCAUCCACUCGCUUGUUUAUCAUGCAUCGCAAGAACUUGAGGCUUCUCUUGUUUGUUUCAAGGAUCCACCAUUUCCAUGGGCUUCGGUAUCAAUGGCCGGAGUGGCUUUCUUUGCUUUCUUGUAUGUUUAUGCCAAAAGGGACAAGAUCUUUAGAAACAAAAGAAAACAGUUUUGAUGCUAUGGAGGAGAAAUUUGUACCAGUUGAACAUCUGACAACCAUGUUUUCUUGUAAAAGAGGUAAGUUGCAAAUUGAAAGAUGGGCAUUUAGUUUAAUUACGCCAUGGACUGCAGUCAAAACUAGAUGUCUUUCAAUUUUACUUCUUUUCUAGUUUGACUUAAUUUUUAGCUUUGGGACCAUAAGUUCUUUAACUACAAAUAUGGGCUUCAAUCAGUAUAAGUGCAUCUGUCUCAGAAUGUUGUUCUUGUCGUGGCCUUGAAUGUUACACAUAAUUCUGAUUA